CUCAUAAGAGAUUAACGGAUCUUAGAAAUCAAAACUUACUUUCAAAUUGCAAAGCAGAAAUCAGCUAAAUAAACAGGAAAAAUGGACGCAAUUGACUCAGUUUUUGAUCCGCUAAGGGAGUUCGCUAAGGACAGUGUUCGUCUCGUCAAGAGAUGCCACAAGCCCGAUCGCAAAGAAUUUACGAAGGUGGCGCUCCGUACAGCGAUCGGAUUCGUGGUUAUGGGAUUUGUAGGAUUUUUCGUCAAGCUCAUCUUUAUCCCCAUUAACAACAUUAUUGUUGGAUCCGGUUAGGUAAGGCUUGCUUUCAUGUUACUGACUCAACAGCACAGAUCGAGAGAUAAAUUGUCUGAGAUCUCGAACUAAUUUCAGUAUAGACUUUGGUUUUCCUCUAUAUUCAUAUUUGUUGGAUUUUGUUUAGUUUUUAGUGUUGAAAUGGAAACUACUUGAAGCAAAUACAAUCCUUGAGUUUUGGUCCAA